AUGCUCAUUUUUGUGUUGAUAAAUCUUUCAAUUGCUUUUGAAUUAACUGUUCCAGUAGAAAAAACUAGUAAAGGAGAGAUUUUAUCUUUCACAAAGAUGAAGCAAGAUGAGUGUAUAAUAACAAAAACAGGUUCAAAGAAAUUAGUCAUCGUAAAAUUAUAUUCUUUUAUAUUACACUUUGCUUCUAAUGAUUGUUCAGGUGCUCGAAUUUCUGUAGAAGAAAUAAAACCUUCAUCUAUUGAAUCUUUUUCACCAAAAUCAAUUGCUGCACUCAAACCUUGUCGGGGGCAAGAAGAGCCAACUAAUGAAGAAAUUAUCUAUAUCACUGAAGCAUGUUCUUCUACAAGUUCAGGAUCUACACAAUUUAAAGUUAUUAAUAACUCUCUUAUUACUUUUGAUUAUCCGUCCAACGAUUGUAGUGGUUUAUCCAUACAAUCAGAUUGUGUUCAAUGUGGUGAAUCAAUUUCAGAAUAUACUUUGGUAUGUUCUUCUGGAAUAUCUAUGGUAUCAAUGGUAUUUAUGUUUAUCAUAUUUGUCAUUAGCAUUUAA